CAGGUGGAGAAGGACCUGCGCGUGGACCGCAGCCAGCUGCUGCUCAGGGGCUCCCAUGUCGUGGCUCUGGUGCCCGCGAAGUGGCUGGCCAGCCUGAAGGAGCGAGGGGUGCUGCCAGUCCUGUGCCCGCAGCCCGAAGGCCUCAGCAAGAUGGAGGUCCACACGUGUCUCCAGCACUCCGUUCAGAAGCUGCCCGCAGGCUGGACCCGAGUGGAAGUCCACGGGCUGCGGAAGAAUUGGCUGCGCUAUCGGCUGACUGCAGACCCCGGCCUGCAGAGAGGGCCCGCGGGGGGUCCAGAAACCCUUCACGAGUUCAUGCGCAGCGUGGCUUCCCAGAACUGCAGGAAUCUAUGGAGCCAAGCCCACCGCUCGUACGCCCAGUGCUACCACCCUGCCUCCGCUCCGGCUUCUGUUCUGGCCCUGGAGGGGCUCCGGGCUGCCCUCCAGAAGCUCUACCGCUGCCCGUUCAUCCCUGUGGGGAGGCCCCCCUCCUGCUCCUCUCCUGCUAAAGAGGAGGACUUCCCUGGCAGCGCUCCCCUGCUCUUCUCCAGCGUCCUGCAGGCAGACGCCAUCCUGGAGUCCUCGGAGAUGCUCUACGUCCUCUUCCCAUAUGUCUGGUACUCCCUGCGCGACCUCAUCACCUUCAGCCCCGCCAAGCUGACGAACAGCCACGCCAAGCUGCUCUUCAUCCUUUUCCAGGUCUUGCUGGCCAUGCAGGCCUGCCAUGAGGCAGGCCUGGCGUGUGGCCUCUUCUCGCUGGAGGACGUAGCAGUGGACGAGAAGCUCUGUGCCCGGCUCAGGGUUCCGCUUCAGGGGUAUGAGCAGCUUGGUCGGGAGGAGGCAGGGGAGGGAGGAGCUGUGGCGGCAGCCUCCAGCGGUCCCGGCCAGGACCCCGCGGAGGAGCGUGCCGCUUCCACUGCUGCAGAAGGGACCCUGGCCUUGCGGGACCUUGGGGAUCUGGUGCUGGACUGGGUGCACGGCCGCCUCAGUAACUUUGACUAUCUCAUGCACCUGAACCGCUUGGCUGGGCGGCGCCUGAGGGACCCUAACUAUCACCCCGUGCUCCCUUGGGUCAUGGAUUUCACCACCAGAAGCGGCCAGUUCCGGGACCUGCGCAAGUCCAAGUUCCGCCUCAACAAGGGGGACAAGCAGCUGGACUUCACCUACGAGAUGACCAAGCAGGCCUUUGUGGCGGGAGGCGGCCUGAGUGGGGAGCAGCCCCAUGUGCCUCAUCACAUCUCAGAUGUCCUCUCUGACAUCACCUAUUACGUCUACACGGCACGGCGGACUCCCAAGGCCGUGCUGUGUUCCCACGUCCGGUCCCAGUGGGAACCCAACGAAUACCCAGCCAACCUGGAGCGCAUGCAGGGCUGGACUCCGGAUGAGUGCAUCCCCGAAUUUUACUCCGACCCCACUAUCUUUAAGUCCAUCCACCCCGACAUGCCAGACCUGGAGGUGCCAGCCUGGUACGGCUCUUGCGAAGAGUUUGUUGCCGCCCACCGUGCCCUGUUGGAGAGCUCAGAGGUGUCUCGGGACCUGCACCACUGGAUCGACCUCACCUUUGGCUAUAAGCUGCUGGGCAAGGAGGCGGUCAAGGAGAAGAACGUCUGUCUUCAUCUGGUGGACAACCACACCCACCUCACCAGCUAUGGGGUGGUGCAGCUCUUCGACCAGCCCCACCCCAGGCGGCUGCUGGGAGCCGCCUUCCUGCCUGCGGAGGCUCCUCUCCUCGCCCAGCCUCUCCUCCCCACCGUCCAGGAAACGCGCGUGCUGGAGAGCCCCAAGGGUGGCCAAGCAGCCAGUGGGCUCGUCGCAGGCGCAGCUACCUGCGAAAGCAGGUUGGGGCUGAGCGCAGGAGAUGAGGUAGAGCAGGGAGCAGAGGCCCUGGAGUCUGCUCCGGUGGUUUGCCGAGGUGCGGAGCUGCCCGGUCCUUCCACCCCGCUUCCCGGCUUCCCUAUCGACAGCAGGCAGCUCACCUGGAGGCCCAGGGCCCCCAUGUCUGUCCUGCAGGCGGAAGGGACGGAGGUCAAGGUCGUCCUCCCUGACGGGCACUUGCUGCUUCAGGCCCUGGAGGAGCUAGAGAAGCUGGACGCUUUCUUGCUGAAGGCCUUGCACGGUACCGUGGGCCACCUGGAGCAGCCACCGUCACGGCUCCCGGUGGCUCUCUCGGACCUUUUUCAAAGGGAUAUGCAGGUGCUGGGCGUCCUGGUAGGUGAGGUCAUCUUUGCAGCCAAAUUGCGCACCUCCAAGCCAAUGGCGCCGCUGCGUGAGCGCUUCCAGACAGUUCGGAAGCUCUGUCAGUUUCACCCCAAGGAGGUCCCCUCUCCGCUCCAGCAUCUGCUGGAAGUGCUGCUGCGGCUGAAAAUUCCCGACACCCAGCUUCUGAGAGAGACUCAGGGCAGCAGGGUGCCCCAGCUGUUUGCCUACGAGCCCGUCUGGCAAGGUCUCCCCCCACCAUGCCCGUCACAGCUGCUGAGCCCCUACAGCGGGGUCCUCCCCUUCCCAGUGUACUUCCCCUCCCUGCACAAGUUCAUCCUCACCUACCUUUCCCAGGAGGCCGGGGAUGAGGGGCAGGGCCGGGAGUUAGUGUUCCAGCUGUGGCAGCAAUUGGAGGGGAUUCUGAAUGGCAUUGCUCCUGAAGGCCUGGAGAUUCUGCUGCCCUUCAUCCUGGCCCUGCUGUCGGAGCAGAGGACAGCUGUCCACGCUGCCUGGUACCUCUUUGAGCCCAUUGCCAAGGCCUUGGGCCCCAAGAACACCAACAAGUACCUGCUGAAGCUCCUGAUCGGGGCCUACGAGAGCCCCCGCGGCCUGCACGGCCGCUUCUACCUCUACACGGACUGCUUCGUGGCCCAACUGAUGGCUCGGCUGGGGCUGCAGCCCUUCCUCGCUCACCUGCUGCCCCACAUCCUGCAGGUGCUGGGGGGCGCAGAGGGCUCUUCCCAGGAGGAGAACAAGGCCUUGCUGCUGGGCGCAGCGGAGGAUGACGAGGAGAGUGGCAGGAGCAGCCCGGAGUCUUGUUCUUUUGGGGAAGAGGCCAAAGGGGAUGCCGGCUUGGAGCUGGCGAAUUACAUGUCCGGCGUCAGCCUGCACGAUCAGGCGUACCUGCCGGAGAGCGAGGAGCUUCAGAACGGCCUCUACCUGUCUGAGGCCCUGAGCCUGGGCCAGCUCGGUGGCAAGAGCAGUGCCAGUGAGGGGUUGCUGGGGGAGGACCCAAGGGACAAAGCCAGCCUCCAGGGCCCAGACAGCGGCCAAGACCUGAAGCACAGCGAGGAGGAGGACGACGAGCUGGAGGAGGAGCUGGAGGAGCUGGAGGAGGACAGGGAAGAAGGUCGCAAGGAGGCUGCAUCAGUCACAGAGGAGCUGGUCCUCUCGGCAGCGGCUGGCAGCUCUGUGGACACUAGUCUGGCUGAGGGAGACGGGCAGGCGGGGGAGCUGGUCCUCUCGGCGGCGGCUGGCAGCUGUGUGGACGCUGGUCGGGAUGAGGAAGACGGGCAGGUGGAGUCUGGGCAGGGCCGGCAGGCCCUGCUGGACCAGGAUGUUGACAAAGAGCAGAGCAUCCUGCUGGACACAGCCUGCAGGACGGUACGGUGGCUCUCGGCCAAGCUGGGCCCCACCACAGCCUGCCGGUACGUUGCCAGGAACCUCCUCCGGCUGCUGGCCUCCUGCUAUCUUGGUGCAAGCAGGCAGCAGUUCGUGGCUGGAGCCGAAGAGGGCGGUCCCCUGAGUGCUGGAAGCCUGGAUCGGAGGCGGCCUGUGGAGGGCGACGUGGUGUCGGAGCCGGUGCUCGCUUGCCUGGUCCACCUCGCGCACCUGUACGGGGAGCCAGUCCUCACCUACCUCUACCUGCCCUACAUCAGUUACCUGGUUGCUCCCGGCGGUGGGGCGGCCGCUGGCCGGCUGAACAGCCGCAAGGAAGCUGGGCUCUUGGCAGCCGUGACGCUUGCCCAGAAGAUCGUGGUCUACCUGUCAGACAGCACCCUCAUGGACCUCCUGCCCAGGAUCAGCCAGGAGGUCUUGCUUCCCCUCCUUGGCUUUCUCACGUCACCCACCGUCAGUUUCCCCAGCGGGGUCCAGGGCCGGAUCGUCUUGUGCCUCAAAACCAUCAGCCUCACGGUGCUGGUUUGUUUACGGAUCGGACCCGAGAUGGCGCAGCAGCACCUGCGCGACACGCUCCAGAGGUUCUUUGAAACCUUUUCCUUGCUGCCGUUGGAGCCGGCCCGGCUGGUGUCUCCAGACUCCCCUGCUCUUCUGGAGCUCCAGAAAGUCUUCAGCCCAGAGAUGGCCUACGUUGCCUUUGUGCCCUUCUCUUGCGUGUUAGGUGACGCCAUUCACACAAUUAUCCCAAACCACGCCUUAAUCGGGCAACUGGCCAGCCUCUACCUGGACCACGCGAGUCCCAGAAGCACCUUGUCUGAAAGGCAGGCAGCCCCUGGGGCAGGCCGGGCCUUCGCAGAGCAGGGGACUGUGGGCACGGAGCCCUCCUUCAGCCUGCCUGAGGACACGCGCUCUGGCACGUUUGGGAGCGUGCUGGUCGGCAACCGCAUCCAGGUCCCCUCCGAAGCCCAGCGGGAGUUCUCCAGUAGGCCCGGCAAUGGGCUCUGCCCCAAGGGUGGGGGCCGGGAGGAGGAGACGCUGAAGCAGGAGCUGCGCCGCAGCACCCACCUCCUCUGUGGCAACUGGCUGGCUUACUGGCAGUACGAGAUCGGGGUGAGCCAGCACGAUGCCCACUUCCAUUUCCACCAGAUCAAGCUGCAGAGCUUUGCGGGCCACGGAGGCGCCAUCAAGUGCGUGGCCCCUCUGAGCGGAGAGGACUUUUUCCUGAGCGGCAGCAAGGACAAGACCGUGCGCCUCUGGCCCCUCUACAACCGGGGGGACGGCACCCACGAGACCGAGGCCCGGCUGACCUAUGACCGGCACAAGAAGUCUGUCUUCUACGUUGGCGUGCUAGAGGCCCCUCAGCACGUGGUCAGCUGUGAUGGCACCGUCCACAUCUGGGACGCCCCCACCGGCAGAGUGAUUCGCACUUUCGAAGCAUUGGACUCCAAGGCGCCCAUCACAGCCCUCAGUACCAUGCCACCUCCCUACAGCAGCAUCAGCAUCGCCAGCGCAGACUCGGUGCUUCGCUUCAUCGACCACCGGAAGCCAGGCUGGCAGCAGGAAUUCCGGCUGGCCAGCGGGCCAAAUGCGGGGCUCAUCCGCUGCCUGGCUGUCAGUCCUAGCGGGCGUAGUGUGGCGGCCGGCUUCUCCUCUGGCUUCAUGGUCCUUCUGGACACCAGAACAGGCCUGAUCCUGAGAGCUUGGUCAGCACACGAGGGAGACAUCUUGCAGGUCAAGGCCACCGAGAGCAACAUGCUGGUCAGCUCCUCCUCCGACCACUCACUGACUGUCUGGAAAGACCUGGAGCAGAAGCCGCUGCAGGUGUACAAAUCGGCCGCGGAGCCUGUCCACACCUUUGACCUCUACGGCAGCGAGGUGGUGGCUGGCACGGUGGCCAACAGAAUUGGCGUCUAUGCAUUACAGGAGCUCUCGGCCCCUGGUGUCACCAAGCUGAGCUCAGAGAACUUCCGAGGGACCCUCACAAGCUUGGCUGUCCUUCCCACCAAAUGCCACCUUCUGCUGGGGUCGGACAACGGCACUGUCCGGCUGCUGGCAUAGCCCUGCUUCCGGAUGCGGAGGGGGACAGCUGGUGGCUGGCCAACAGCCAUGUGGGACCAGAAGCCUUGGGGACGCCUCCUUCCCCAGUCCGGCUGCUGGGCAGCCCAAGGAAAGCCAUCACCGUAUGUGCCUGAUGCUCCGUGGGGACCGGCAGAGAUUCCCCUGGGGUGCUUGGGGGGCUGUCCCCUUCUCCCCACUCAUGUGGCAUUCCUGCUCUAACCUGUGGGGGCUGGCAGGAGGGAGGGGAGGAGGAAUAGCAGCAGAUCCACAGCUUUUGGGUGGUGGCCCAGGAGUGUCGUGCUGUGCUGUUCCCUCCGGGCACCUCCAACUGCUUUCUCUCCCCUGAUCUCAUCUCUUGGGGAAGGGGCUUCUGGGCAGGAAGGAGCUAUGGCCCCCUGCCCCACUCUUCCCACUGUUGGCCUAGAGUUGGAAGCGGACCCGAAGCCCUCUCUCUGCUGAAGAGGCUCCCUGAUGUUCCUCCCCAGACAUUCUCCAGCUGGGGGCCAGAAACCUCGGCUGGACAGUAUCUGAAUCUUGGGUCUGAGGGGUGUCAGUUCCACCUCGAAGGUGUGAUAGAAAGGCUCUGGGGUUGGGGGGUCCAUUUAGUCCUUGCUCUCCUACGUGGAGAGGGGUCUCCCUGGAGAAGGGCCAGCCCAGCCCUGCAAGCAUUUUGCAUCCGUUCCUGGGGUGGGAGCAGAUUCUCACGGCUGAUUGAAUGGAUUGCAAUAGAUAAAUAUAAACGUCCUGAGUAACCCCCUGCAACUGUCAAUGACUUUGUUUGCUGAGGGGUGGGGGAGCAGCUUCCCGGUUGAGAAGGCAAGCGGGUAACAGAGGAAUGGCACAGCCAUUGCCUCCCUGCCUCCAUCUUUUCCAACCCAAAAGUCAUCAUCCCCCCGAAACGGCAAGCCGGAAAUGGCGAACCCCCGGUCAGGAAGGAACCCCUGUCUUGGGGCGGCUUUCUCCCGCUUGACUGGGGAACUGGAUCCAAGGAUGCCGACAGUCUCGCCAAAUGACCCUUCCUGUGCUGCUUUUGAGAGCUCCUGGAGACCUCGCAGAGCACCAGGCAGACCUCUCCGUCUUCGGAGGGGGAGAGGUCGGGCAGUCCCACCUUGAUUCCUGAGCAGAGACGAUUUGCAAGCACCGCUGAGAGUAAGAUGGUGAUUUCCUGUAUGAGUUUGUCUAGGACCGACCCUUAUCCCAGCCUGCUAUCCCUGAAGCCCCUUCCCAGCCCCUCUGUGCCACAGAGGACCUUCGGUCCCACCCAGCAGCCCUGUAGCUAGCUGGAGGUCGUCAGCCGGGCUGUCCGUUCACCCUCUAGGCAAGGGAGCUCUCGGCCAGCAGGUAGCAGGAGGCAUUAAUGGCCCCGAAUGGCUCACCCCCCUUUGCUGCAGUUUAGCGGAAGGGAGAGGUGCGAAUAUUUUGCGCUGCUUUAAAAGAUUUGAUAGAGUCUAUAAUUGUGGUCAUAAAUUAGGGAAAAGGGAACUCUGGGAUGUCAUUCAUCGAUCUGCAAGGGGGGACCCGAUGCUCCUUUGCGGGAGGGGCUGCUCGGGCCAGGCACAUCCUCUGUGGAGCCCUUGGAUGAGUUCAUACAUUGAAGCGGGCUCAUUGCGCCGAGCGCCCACGAUCCCCAGUUGCGCCUCUGGCUUCCAGGAGCCGUUCGCUGGACGCAGUGUCCGGUCUAACACGGGCAGAUUGUGACAGCCGCACACGGUUUGUGCUGGAGCGGUGAGCGGCUUCUGCUCGUCCCCCUCCCUCUGAUAGUUGACUAGGUUGACUUUUAAGAGGAUUUUUACCCCUAAAAGGCGCCCGCCCGGUCCGCCCUUCUGGAUAGCUCCCAGCACAAGGCCUGUCCUCUUCUACGGUCGAUCCUCGCUCUUCCUUCAGAGUGGCCGUUCUGUUUUUAUUUCAAAUGCUUCCGGGCACCAGGGCAACCUGUGACCAAAAGGAGUUGAUGGGGGGGGCAUGCGUUCUGAUGACCAAACAGCCCAGCCGAGGUGGUUCUUGCCUGUUUCGGAGGUGGCGGAGCCCAGCGGGCAGAGCGGGAGGUCCUCUGCUCCAGAGGCAGGAGAUCUGGGGGCAGGAGCUUCCACAGGGCAGCCGGGAGCCCUCUGGCCGAGGGAGAAGCCCCCCUCCACUUCCUGAUGGCUCUGCUGCUGUGGGUGCUGCUGGUGGCCUGCUCGCCUGCUCUGUGUGCUGGGCAGUCCCAG